GUAUUGUUGUCAUAGUGACUAACAGCUGUCAUUCCCUUUGGUGUUGUUUUACAGUACUCUAUUGGAAUUUAUUCGACUGCAUAGUUGACUUAGAAAAAGAAAUUUCUUUCGUAGUUGAAUCUUAAAUGAAGAUGGCAUCAUGCCUUUAUGAAUGUCUAUGCGAAGCUGGGCUAGAGCAAUACUAUCCUUCCUUCACUGCUAUGGGGUUGCUGAGAGCACAAGAACUUGCCAAACUGACUAUGAAUGAUUAUUCCAGAUUGGGCAUUGCUGAUAUGCAUGACCGCAUACGCUUGUUCCAACUCAUUCAGAUCAUUAAAGCAGUGCAAGACGAGGAGACAAAAGGUGUUCAAAAUGUAAAACCUGUCCAUACUCCAGCAGAUUUUACAUAUAUCUACCUGUCAACAAAUAAAUCUGGUCCUCGCCGUCAGCUAGACUUUGAGUCAGAAUUUGAAAAGACAGACAGAAUUAUCACAAGCUCUAAAAAUGAAUUUUGUGAGCCGUCUGAUGUAGACUGUUUCACCUAUGCAAAAAAUGGCAAAUUACCUGGACAAAUCUUACCAAGUGAUCCUCACAAUAAAAGAAGAGAAUCAAAGGAACCAAACAAAGCUAACCAUGCAUGGACCCAAAAAGAGACUCCUUGCCAGACAUUGGAUUUACCAAAUACUAACAGCUGGACUGCUGAUAAUGGAUUUCUCCACAUACAGCGCAUUUUACAGGCUUCAGGAUACAACUAUGGUGUGCCUCAUUCUUCCACAAGACAAAUCUCUGAGAAGAAUUCAUAUACUGAAUCAGAUAAAAUACGUGUAUGUGUGAGGAAGCGUCCCUUGCGUCUUCGUGAACAACGGCAUGGGGAGGAAGAUGUUGUAACAGUAGAAGACAAGAAAUCACUCAUUAUUCAUGAAAAUAAAGAGGCAGUUGAUUUAACUCAAUAUGUACUGCAGCAUGUAUUUUAUUUUGAUGAAGUCUUUAGUGAGGCAUGUAGCAAUCAGGAUGUGUAUAUGAAGACUGCUCACCCUCUAAUACAUCAUAUUUUUAAUGGUGGAAAAGCUACUUGUUUUGCAUAUGGUCAGACAGGAGCAGGAAAGACCCACACUAUGAUCGGGACUCGACAGAAUCCAGGACUGUAUGCAUUAGCUGCGAAAGACAUCUUUAGACAUCUUCAGUUUGCACAGUCUGGAAGAGUUCAGUAUGUUUGGAUUAGUUUCUAUGAAAUAUACUGCGGGCAGCUGUAUGAUCUUCUAAAUGGAAAAAAAAGGCUUUUUGCAAGGGAAGACGGUAAUCAUAUUGUGCAGAUAGUGGGACUACGUGAGGUUCAAGUUGACAGUGUGAACUUCCUGUUGGAGGUGAUACUAAGAGGCAGUAAAGAGCGAAGCACUGGAGCUUCAGGAGUGAACUCUGAUUCUUCUCGUUCCCAUGCUGUAAUUCAGAUUCAGAUUAAAGAUCUAGGUGGCAGAGGUCUUGGGAGGAUUUCUUUCAUUGACUUGGCUGGCAGCGAAAGAGCAGCUGAUGCUAAAGAAUCAGACAAACAAACAAAAAUGGAAGGAGCAGAAAUUAAUCAGAGUCUUCUAGCUUUGAAGGAAUGCAUUCGUGCUUUGGAUCAGGAACAUGCACAUACUCCUUUUAGACAAAGCAAGCUGACCCAAGUACUGAAGGAUUCAUUCAUUGGGAAUUCUAAAACCUGUAUGAUAGCCAAUGUGUCACCUAGUAAUUUUGCUACCGAACACACACUAAACACUUUGCGCUAUGCAGACAGGGUGAAAGAGCUGAAGAUGGGAAUUAAAUGUUCUUCCACAGCAAAAGGUCAGUGUGUUAGGAGCCCCUCUCCAAAACGUAACAAAAGUGUUGCAAGUUUUGUACAAAGAGAAAAAAGUGUGCCGAAAAAAGUAAAACUUACCUUACAUCCUCCUUUGACUGCUCCAAGUUCAGUAAGACACAAAUCAACAGCAGCAGUGUUCCACCCAUCCAACGUUCCUCUUUCCUCUACUCCAAAAGCAUCUGCAAAGUCUGAUAUUGCCCUUGAGAGUCCCUGCUAUACAUGGUCUAAGCAUACCACACCAGUUAAAGGAUUUAUGAAAGUGGGUCUGUCUGAAAAACUGCAGAAUAGUACUACAGAACAUCAGUCUUUCAAUUGGGAAGAUGAAAAUACUGUUAUUCUUAAGUCAGAGGCUACCAAAAGUAAACAAUGUUCAAAGUCAGCAAAGUCUAGACAAGGAGAGUAUGAAAAUAGGCAAGAACAGACUAGUAGAAAUCAGAAGGUACAAGCAGUACUGCCACUGCAGAAGGAAUUGGCUUUGAAAGAUGUUUGUUGCAAUAGUACAGCAGUUGUGCAGUAUUAUCCCUAUGAGAGAACUGAAACCAUUCAGAGUCAUGUAAAUAAACUACCUUGUGGAAAUGUUAAGUCUAGUACUGAUGUAUUAUCACAGCAGAAAGAAAAGGAGAGACAUUUGCAUCUAUAUCAUCAACAGCUUCAACAGAUUGUGCAUCCUGCUGUACUACAGCAAAAGCUAACAUACCAACCACUUCAGAAUUUGUUCAGAAAAUACAAAACAAAAGAGUGCUCUGUCAAAAAUGAUGACCAAUGUCCUUAUGUUUGUAAUAUGCCUUGUAAAAAUGACAGAGAAGCCGAAGACACAGAUAAUAGUGAUGCUUAUAGCAUUGAUUCAAUUUCAUGCUUCCAAAAUCAAAGAAAAGUACAAGAGAACAACCAAGGUGUCUUUAGCAAAGCUUCAUUUUUCCUCCAUAACAGUGAAGUAGGUACAGGAGAAGCUCAUAAUAGAGUUACUGAACACAGCAUAGGAAGUAGCAAAAAACAAGAGCACUCCUUAAGCUGGAACGACUACCCAAAGUGCAAUGAGCUUUGCAAAAAAAAAGAAGAUAACACUCUACAUGAGAACUGCUGGACCACAGAGGAAAGAUGCACAGUUUCUAGCUCUUUAAACAGCAAUAGUUUAUCAAAUAAACAAGAUUUUCCUAAAUCUUUCAACUUCAGUGAAGUUCAGAUUAAUGAUAUAUCUCUGGUUCAGAAACAGAAUAACUUUGCUAGCGAUGAACAAAACAACCAUGGUAUUAAUCAGCGUUUUCUGCAAAAUGAAUAUGGUGUGUCCUUUUUUCAUGAGGUUAAUCUUGAUAGUACUGAAUUGAAGCAAGAUGUGCGUACUCCUUCUGCAUCUAUUCCAAAAACAAAGAAGGACCAAUAUUUUUUGUUACAAAAUGAGCUUAAGAAGGAUGCACAGCACAGUGGAGGCCUUAACUGGGGAACAACAGACCUUUCAGGUGAAUCUGUAUCUGGGCAGAUGGAACCCCUGACAGUGUCCCUGCUUACUAGUGAUAAAACAGCUGUUUCAGAUGAUGUUCUUUUAGAUCAGUCUCAUCAAAUGUGUAGAGAUGAGCAGACUUUGGAUUCAAGAAUCACUAAUUUUGACAGUCAGUUUACUAAACAAGUCACAAACAGUCUUAAUAGUAAUAUUUCUGCACUGGACUAUAAGCCAAGUUUUGAAGAAUCUGAAAUCGGUAACCAAGAGCAAAAUAAGAUUUAUCUUCAAGUUCCAAGUGAGAGGACAUCAGAUUUUUACAAGAAUUCAGCAGUCAUUGAUAAGCCUGUUAAUGAUGUUGACUGGUCUGUGAGUGGGUCACCUUCCUCUUUUAAUCAAGAAUUAUCUAAUCCUUUGCUUGAACGCGAUAAGCUAUUAGUAAGUCUGACAGUACAUACAAGUGAAAUUUCCUCUAAAGAUUCCAGUAAUUCUGUUUUCCUCAGUGAUUCUAAAUACAGAGAAAUGUCUUACAAGGACAAAUUAUAUGAUCCAGAUACUGAAGACAAUCAUUUGAACUCUCUCCUUUCAGCCCCUGUAGAAACCCAUUCUGAAGUUCAUCUAGCAAAUGCAUAUAGCACUGAAGAAAAAGUUGAGAAGAAUGAUGCAGAUACCUACUAUCCUAACUCAGAAAUGAUUGAAAAGAAUGCUUCCAUGAAUAAACCAAACAUUUGUGUAAAUUCAGCUGAUACACAAACUGUCAGUGAUUCAGGCCAUUUAGAAAUAGUACAGCUAUUAGGACAAAAUUCUGCACUUCAAUCAAAACCAAACUUCAGCAAAUAA